UCACUGGCCACAUCUGUCCAAAAUGUAAACAAGUCAGGCAGUUUACACGGUCGGGAAAAAUUCUAUGACAACGUCACCGUGACUUGGUCCACAUAUUGCUCUAUGAUCUACACAGCUGUCAACUCUCAAAACGUUUUCCGUGGAUAGUAGCCUAUACAAACUGGGACAAAAAUCCCACCAUUCUUUUUUGCCUGUGGCCUGUGUUCAAUAAUGACGUCACCAGCAGUUGACCUGGCACACAUCAUCCCACCACAAGCCCUGAGCCGACUUGCAAGGGAGUGGCUGGCAGAAGAUACGCCCAACUUUGAUCCUGCUGGAGUGUGUGUGGGGUCAAAGGAGGUCAGGGCAACACUUCUAUGUAAAUCACCAGGGAGUGUGCUUGCAGGAUGUCCUUUCUUCACAGAAGUCUUCAGUGAACUUGGCUGCACUGUGGACUGGAUUUACAGAGAAGGACAAACACUGGAUCCAGGGUUCCUCGCCCCCCUCGGUCUUGGUCUUGAUCUCGGUCUCGCCCCCCCUCGGUCUUGGUCUUGGUCUUGGUCUCGGUCUCGGUCUCGCCACCCCUCGGCCUUGGUCUUGGUCUCCGUCUUGCCCCCCCUCGGUCGUGGCCUCGACUACAACACUACCAUCAGGAAUCCCGCGGACAAUAGAAGAACUCCACACAGCUGUCGGACAGGCCUGUGUUCUGGGUCUACCCCGAGGUCUCCUACCAGUUGGAUGUGCCCAGAAAACCUCCAAGGGAAGGCACCUAAGAGGUAUCCUGAUCAGAUGCCCGAACCAGGGACGUCUGGACUACCUUGUUUAGCCUGCUGCCACCACGACCCGGGCCCGGAUAAGCAGAAGAAAAUGGAUGGAUGGAUGGAUGGAUGGAUGGAUGGAUGCCAUGUAGUUUCAGCCAACAGCUCCAAAACAGAUGUAACAGACUGGGUGAGCAUUAGCUGCUGCUAUGGGCCAUCACAAGAAGGGGCAGUCUCAUACUGAAAAUUGAGGCAAUAUCACCUUUGAGCCGAGUGGAGUUGCUGAACCCCUCACACAAAGCAAAUCCUUAUAGUAAAGAAAAGGCUUGUACCGCUUGGCUGAGCAAGUUCAUAUACAUUUCAGUGCACUGCUGUUACGUGCCAUGUGUUUUCUUUUGUGUGGACUUCCCUGCCUUCACCAGCCAUCAUCUUCGUUGGCUGCGCCGCCUGUCAAUCACCAUCCACCAAGUCCCACCUUCACCAAUCCCCACCCUCCGUGUCAAUUCUGGAUCAACCAAUCAGAACUCGCCACCUCUGCUAUAUAAACCUUGACUGUUUGCCAUGAUGAGUGUCUGACUUUUUGCUCUGUGUUGUGUUAGUAUUUGACUCUAUGUUAAUCACUCAUUUGAACUUGUCUUGUUUUGUGUACACUUCCAAGGCUUGGGACAGGUAAGACUGGGGGCUCCUGUACAUAUGCCCGUAGGCUAUGUUGUGUAUAGAUCCACUAGUCCUUAGGGGUGAUUGCCAACCAAUUGUUUUUUCAGUCUGCUAGUUAGAGUAGAUAGGCCUUUUGUUUGUGUACUUGAUACACUAGAUUAAAUUACUCUCUGGUUUAGCUAGCUUGUUUUUCUGUUCUUUUGGCAACAUCCAGCGUCCUUUGACCCUGGUAGUGUGUGUCUGGGUUGUUGUAUGUCCUGUAGUAGUUUGUUGCACCUUUUGUUUUGUUCCCACAGUAAAACACCCAUGCACUGAG